GGCGGGGCGACGGGCGCCGGACCCCCAGGCGGAGCUACAGGUCUCGGGCCCUCAGGCGGAGCGGCGGGCGCCGGACCCCCAGAUGGAGCAACAGGUCUCGGGCCCCCAGACGAAGCGGCGGGCACCGAGUCACCAGGCACGACAGUGGGCACCGAGUCGUCUGGCAAGACUGCGGGCACAGAGUCGUCUGGCAAGACUGCGGGCACAGAGUCGUCUGGCAAGACUGCGGGCACAGAGUCGUCUGGCAAGACUGCGGGCACAGAGUCGUCUGGCAAGACUGCGGGCACAGAGUCGUCUGGCAAGACUGCGGGCACAGAGUCGUCUGGCAAGACAGUGGGCACAGAGUCAACAGGCACGACAGUGGGCACCGGGUCAUCAGGUAUCGGAUUGUCUGGCUCGACAGCGGGCAUCGGGUCACCAGGCGGCAUCAGGCUGAGGAGAGGCAUCAGGCUGAGGAGAGGCAUCAGGCUGAGGAGAGGCAUCAGGCUGAGGAGAGGCAUCAGGCUGAGGAGAGGCAUCAGGCUGAGGAGAGGCAUCAGGCUGAGGAGAGGCAUCAGGCUGAGGAGAGGCAUC